GAAGAAGAAGAAACUCUUGUACUUAAUAAGAUAUUCUCUAUAAUGAUGUGAUUAUUAAGUGAUUAUGGCUUCUGCGUUGAUCAGGAAUUGUUUUAAACUCAGCCGGAUAAACAGCACGACGUGUUCCUUCAUGUCUCAGGUCUCGGGAGUCAGAAAUAAAAGUACGAUCCAGUAUGCCACGCGACCCGACCUGCCCAAACUCGCCUACAGAAAGCUGAAUGGGAAAACCCCCGGAGUCGUCUUCCUCCCCGGUUUCGCCUCCAACAUGAACGGCAGGAAAGCCGAAGCUCUCGAGGAGUUCUGCAGAUCUCUGGGUCACUCCUACCUCAGGUUCGAUUAUUCAGGCUGCGGAGAAUCAGAGGGGAAAAUAACAGACUACAACAUCGGCUCGUGGAAGAAGGACGUCCUGUACGUGCUGGAUGAGUUGGUGGAAGGACCUCAGAUUUUGGUCGGCUGCAGUUUGGGCGGAUGGCUGAUGCUGCUAGCUGCUCUGGAGAGACCGGAGAAGGUCGCCGCCCUGGUGGGUAUUUCCACAGCCGCGGAUCACUUCGUCACGGCCUACAAUGAACUUCCUGUUCAGACGAGGAAGGAGGUGGAGGAGCGCGGGUUCUGGUCGUUCCCCAGCCGCUACAGCGACGAGGGUUCGUACAGCCUGAGCGUGGACUUCCUGCAGGAGGCGCAGUCUCACUGCGUGCUGCAGAGCCCCAUCCCCGUGUCCUGCCCCGUGCGGCUCAUCCACUGCCUGCAGGACGCCGAUGUCCCCUGGCACGUGUCCAUGCAGGUGGCCGAGCGCGUCCUCAGCAGCGACGUCGACGUCAUCCUGCGCAAACACGGCUGCCACCGCAUGUCCCAGAAGGAUGACAUCAAACUCCUCGUCUACACCAUCGACGACCUUAUGGACAAGCUCACCAGUCGGGGGUAAACCACAACGACGGAUCCAAUCAGGACUCAUGGGAAAAAUUUGAUCGCGUAGCUAGCUUGAAAAUCCGGCUUGUUUAUACAAACGUCACAAACACUUUAUUCACAUUUUAUAAGACACAUGUUCGAUAGUGUUAAACAUCAGCACUGGCAAAAGCAACACCUGCUAGCAAGACGCAGGAUUCACGGGUGGCUAGCUAAUCAGCACAUGUCGUAAUGUUUAUCCGUUACGGUUCUGCAGUAUCUCGCUGCGGUGUCACUCACUACGUGCUAGCUUUUUUGCGCUAAUCUGCUCAGGAAAUAAAAUAGCAUAAUGAAAAAUAUCAUGACGUCCUUUUGGUGACAGACAGAUACCUAAAUACUUUAUCAAGGUGACCUUUGACCUGUGAAUUCUCCAACCUUGGUCUUGUGACAAAGUAAAAUAACUGUGGAGAAUAGCGUAAAAACAUUUGGAACAAACUAAAUGCCUAGCUACUGUAGCUAAUGUCGCGCCUGGGUUCGCUUCAUGGAGACACGCUGCCUGGAUUCAGAUCCGUGCUGAGGAGACGCUUGUGUGUGACUCGGUGUGUGUGUGUGUGUGUGUGUGAGUAGACCAUUUUUAAAUGAGUUAGUGUUAUGCACCGAGUGUAAAGCGGUGAGGUUUUUAAAAAUCUUUUAAGCGAACGUCGGCAUGACGAGUCGGUUCAGUAAUAAAAGCGCAGGGUUGGUCUGCUGUGUGUCUCCCUUUAAUAUGUCAUUUCAUUAUGUAGAAGAUUUCUGUACUUUAUUUUUAUAUAUUAAUGUUCUUGUGUUGCUUUUUCUAAAGAAACAUUAUUGCACUUCUUUCAUUUCUUUAAUUAAAAGUAAAAAAUAUCUUCUUUUUCUUUUUGCUUAAAGUGUGUAUCCUAAAAAUUAGCAAUAAAUAUAUAUCACUAAA